UCGUUGGAAGUCUUUUGAUUCCUUUAAGAUUUUACUUAAUUUGCAAGUUGUUACUGAUCAGAAGAGUAAAGGGUAGUGGAGCUUGAUUUUAGGAUUCUGAAGCAGGGAUGCAUCCACAACUAGCUCAAUCAGAAGCUUCAAACCAACAACACCGAAGAUUUUUUCAAAGGAGAAAAAAUAAGAGAAAAAAUAAUGCACUGUAUUGGCAAAAAAAGAAGAAGGAGUAUGCAAGGGUAGCUGCGGAAAAUAGACACUUGAAAGGCAUAAUUGAGGGGAUGAUUUCCCAGUACUUGAAAGCUCAAGGCAAAAAUUUUCAGAAACAUGAAAAUUAUGUUUCCCACUUAGCCGGCCAGAAUGAUCAUCGAAGCUUUUAUGCCCAGGUCCAACAAGGCGUGGGCUUUCAUACAGCAGGAAAUGAUGACGAGUUCGAUGUUACGGAUGUUUUGGAACUCGAUGAAUUAGACACUCCGUUGUCUAAUGAACUGGAAAAUCCAAAGAAUUUUCAGACUAUCCAGAAAAGUACCAUGAGUGACUUUCUGAAGAAAAUUGAUGACGAUGUUGCAAGCAGCAUUGAUUUCCCUGACUUUAUGGUAUGCUUUGGCGGGGAGCACAAAAAAAUUGGCAGAUAUAGUUUCCCAUCGUCUUUAGUUUCUACCGUGGAAAGAAUCACCAAGGUCUAUGGUGAUGUUUCUGCUGCGUGUUUAAUGAACUCAAGUGUUACGGAGAAAAUCUAUCUAUUUUUCUGUGCUACAAUUAAAGAGAUGGAGGAUCUAAAGCUUCAACAAGUUACAGAGGAAAAACUGUUGAAAUGGAGGGAUGCUAUUAAGGAUGCUCUUCGCAUCAAUUUCAAAGUCGAUUUUGCUAUGCACCAUUUGAAGAGAAUCGCUCGUGCUUAUUUUGGCUUCAUAGGAAGCCAAGAGCUUCAGAGCAUGGAUGACAAAUUGGAUGCCUUGAAAAAGGAGCGUGUGGAGACGUACCAGGAUUUCAAAGACUAUAUUGCUUAUGCAAAAGACUUCUAUGGCAAGUCUGUCAGCACUGGUUUAUUCCCUUGAUCCUUCCAGUUCUCCGGCACCAAGAACUUUCUACAUUUCUAGCUAUUUCGGGUGUUGGUUCUUUAAUUUUGGGCCCUUUUUUUUUUUUUCCCUCUUAUCUGGUUUAUGAAGUUGUUCAUGCGAGAUGGACUAAUUUCUCUCAAGGUUCUGAUGUUAAGGAGUUUUCUAGAUUACGGUCGUUACCUGAAAACAGUACGGUUUA